CAGAUAUUUUUUUAUUUUUUUAUCCCUGUUUGAGUUGCUCUGGGAAAAAUASAUGUUUUACGGAGGGAAAUUAAAGUGCGAGCCCGGACCACACAGUAGCAACGGCCAGCCGARGGAUGUUACCCGCGAGCGUGCAAGCUUCCUCAUCUGCAAAAUAGGAUCGUACAUGUUUCUAUUGCCAACUGAAUUUUUCUGUUUGGUCUGAUUUUCAAAAGAACAAGGAAGGAAAAAGGGCAGUGAAAAAGAGAGCAGAAGACCAGGGGGCACCGGAAAAAGAAAGAAAAGGAAGAAACAGGGUAAAAAUAAGACGAGCCAAAGAAAGGAUAGAGCAACCGUCACCACUCACCCCACAGAGUAUAAAGGCAGAAAGGAAAAGACAAGGUGAAGAGAUGAAGCCACUAAAGAAACAGAGGGGGCGCUCUCCCCCCUCCACACGGGCCAAAGGGGGGAAGAAGAGAGGGGCGACAGAGACCCCCCCAGAGAGGGACAACAGGAACAAACUCAGGAAGGAGAACCAAGACGGACAGCCUCAAACCACRMCCCCCGCCCACUUGYYACGGAAACAAUCCACAACCUCCUCUGACAGCUCUCAGCRGGAGCCAAUCAGAGGCAGYGAGACCCCAAAGAAGGAGGGRCCUASAGAGCAGGUGCUGCAAAGGCAACCUGAAGAUAAAGAGAAGACCGARGACAGCAGAGGGGGGGUUGGGGGGAAAUYAGGGGGGCCUAACAGCACCCCCACCUCCUCCCAUAACAACACCCUCACCAUCCCCACCCCCACUACCAGUCCCAGCCCUACCUCCAUGUCCAGUAGGAAAACAGCCACCUUCAAGGCCAGAGUCCCCAAGAAGAAGUACAUCGCUGAACACUAUGCUGGUAGCAACGCCCCCGGCCUCACCUUCACCCCUGCCCCCAUGCACAACAGCCACAGUAACUACAGUAGUACUAGCAGAGUACUAACAGUAAUAACAGUAGUAAUACCAUUAGUAACAGUAGUAGGACUAACACUACUAUUAAUGGUAGUAACAGCAUUAGUAACAGCCAUAGUAACAGCUCAGUCAGCCUCUCGUUAGCCCCCAGUGUGUCCAAUGAGGAGAGGAAGGUAGCCGCUAGCAGCCACAGCCAUGGCCCGGGGGAACAGGGGAUGACAGGGGCCUCCAUAGAGCCCAACAAUGGCAGUGUGGCCCCACAGGACAGAGAGAGAGACCCCCAGGGUGGGGAGACAGAGGCAGAGUGGGCCCCUAACUCAGUACGCUCCGUWUCSACGGAUACAGCCAGCGAGCACGAUCUGGAGGUGAACUCCCAGCCCAGUACCAGCCCUGCUAGAGCCCCCUACCAUGGCAGCCUGCCCCCUUACUCUGCUACUACCUCCCAGCCCGGCCCCAACCMKAGCCACAGAAAGGGCAGUCUGUCCGGGGCGGAUGCCUUGGCCAAAGGCCUGAAGAACCAGAGAGUUCUAGCCCGCUGUCRAUGGAGAGACAGACUUAACGGAGAGCAAGGUGGGAGGGAGAGAGAGAGGGAUGGACCCCUGUCUCCUAUGUUCAGGGCUGGGGUGGUGCGGCGGGUGAGUGGGGGCAGCGCUGAUAUCCAGCUGCAGGGGGAGGAGGGGAUACUCUGUUACCCCUUUCAGGGGGGGACCGCACACCCGGAGGGGGAGGAGACRAGCGUGGAGUUCAUCCUGGACGCCCCCCCACCCGGCACGGCGUCCGUGGCCAUCGGGACACGCGUAUGUGUGCCUUUCAGAGGGGGAGGGGGGCGAGAUGGGGGUGAACAGGGGACACCUCAGCUAUACAGAGAAGGGGUGCUGUCCCAGGUAGACCCCCACCCUGCCGUGUCGUUCCCAUACAGGGUGCUACUGUGUGAGGAUCGAGAGGCGCUGGAGAAUGGAGGGAGGGAGGAGGAGGGAGGGAUGGAGGAGGAGAGGAGGAGGGCGCAGGCCCAGGCUGUAUGGGUGUCCAGACAGAGCCUGAGGCUGCUGACUCCCCCCUGGGAACUGCCUCACMCAGAGGGGGGGRGAGAGAGGGAGAGAGAGAGGGAGGAGAGGGAGAGRAGGGAGGAGAUGGAGGURGAGAGGGAGGUGUGCCAGCUGAGUAUUGGGAUGGCGCUGGGUGGGCCGAUGGGAGGGGGAGCGAGGUUGGUGCACAGCUUCUCUCCAGCUGGGGUGGUGGGGGGGCAUCACUAUGGAAACAUCCCCCCCCACCCCUCCUCGUUGGUAACGACCAGCGUUGUCRMCAKCACUGGAGAGGGUUACCCUGACAGAGAGAUAGAACAAGAGAGACAGAAACAGCCCCAAACACCAGAGGAGGACAUGGAGAUGUCUAGGUUCAGWAUGGRYACCCAGCMUCGCCACAUCCUCUCMAAGCCCCUCCUCGGGGGGCAYAGCUACCCCUCCUCCCAACACCUGGUCCAGGGCCUGGGCACGCCACUGGGCUCUCACCUGUCCUCCCUCACCUUGCCUGGCCCUGAGGCCCUGGGCAUGACCCCCACACCACACCUACCCCCUUCCAAGAGUGCCCUGGUCCCCCUGGACAAGACCCCCUCCCAGAUCCCCACCCCUACCCCUGGAGGGGGGUCUACCUCCUCCUCAGCCUCCUCCUCGCGCUCCCGCACCCCCCUGUCGGCCGCCCUGCAGAAGUACAAGAAGGGGGACGUGGUGUGCACCCCUAACGGUAUCCGCAAGAAGUUCAACGGCAAGCAGUGGAGACGCCUCUGUUCCAGAGAGGGCUGUAUGAAGGAGUCCCAGAGACGAGGAUACUGCUCACGCCACCUCUCCAUGAGAACUAAAGAGAUGGAGGGAGCGGGAGGAGGGGGAGAGAGGGACAGGGGGAGAGGAGGAGGAGGGGGGAGCAGUUCGGGGACGGUCACCCCCUCUGACCUGCGUGGGUUUGACUGGGAUGAGACGUCCAGAGACAGCAGCGAGGCCAGCAGUAGAGGAGACUCUCGCCCUCGGCUGGUGCUGCCCUCCCUCCUCCCCCAUGACUUCUCCAGGUUUGAUUUUGACGAGUGUGAGGCAGCCACCAUGCUGGUGUCUCUGGGCAGCUCUCACUCUGGGACCCCCUCCUUCUCCCCCACCUCCAACCAGUCCCCUUUCUCCCCCGCCCCCUCGCCCUCACCCUCCCCCCUCUUCGGAUUCCGUCCCGCCAUGGGACACAGACACCCCAGUGCCACGGGGGGCAAGCUGAGCACCCCUGGGGGGCAGAGAGGGAGAGGCAUACCUCAGGGGUUCCAUCGUCUCCACAGCCACAACGGGGGAGGAGAAUCAACAUUUUUCCAUCUGCACUGGAGCAGUGGGCCAGGGGCGUUACGGAGGACUCGUUUUUGGAAAAACACCAUAAAGGACUMUUUUUCAACCAUGUAUUCAUCAGAGAGCCCUCAAUACCUCCGUCAAGGACUGAGCAUGUUUGUCUGGACUAACGUGGAACCCCGGUCAGUUCCUGUGUUUCCCUGGCAUUCAUUGGUCCCUUUCCUGGCACCAACCCAGUCAGAUGCCUCUACUCAGUCUGGUGAGGGCCAACAACCAAUCAAUCACCCCCAAGCUGCCAGUCUGAAAACGGAGUCUCAGGGGGGUGCAGUGCUGCUACAGGAGGCCAACGAGGGCCCCCCCUCCCUAGAGAGAGGACCCACAACACGGCUGACUCCCUCCACGGACGACCUGGCCCCGGAGAGGGAGGCCGAAAGAGAGAGGCCAGACAGUGAGACUGAGAGUGAUGUGGAUGACCCGUUCUUCCCCAGUGUUCUUCCUGAGCCGCCCUUGUCUGUGACUCCUGUGAAGAGACGCACUCAGUCCCUCAGCGCCCUGCCUAAAGACGGGGACAAGAUCAGCCCUGGCAAGAGGGAGAAGGACCACAUCAGGCGGCCGAUGAACGCGUUCAUGAUCUUCAGUAAGCGUCAUCGAGCGCUGGUGCACCAGAGGCACCCCAACCAGGACAACCGCACGGUUAGCAAGAUCCUGGGCGAGUGGUGGUACGCCCUGGGGCCCAAAGAGAAGCAGAAGUAUCAUGACCUCGCCUUCCAGGUGAAGGAGGCCCACUUUAAGGCCCAUCCAGACUGGAAGUGGUGCAACAAAGACAGGAAGAAGUCUAGUUCUGAUGGCCGAGGGCUCCCGGGGCCGGGGGGCAAAGACAUUAGAGAAAGGAGCAUGUCUGAGACCACCGAGCCCCAUGGUGUGGAGCUGAAAGGGGUGGGGCCUGGCCUGCUGGGUGUGUCUGAGCGGAAUCCAGGAGAGGGGCAUGUAGGUCAGCUACCCCGCCCCCGAGCCUUCUCCCAGAGUGCCAUGCACAGCCUGGAGAGGAGUGAGAAGGGCAACACACAGGCCCUGGCCGAACUGUCACAGAUGUGUGGGGAUGGUGGUGGCCAGUUUUCGGGGCGUGCCCAGACCCUGUCCCGGUCUCAGAGGGGGGUCAGUGAGGACAUGACCAGUGAUGAGGAACGCAUGGUCAUCUGUGAAGAGGAGGGAGAUGAUGAUGUCAUCGAGGACCUGUACCCUGCCAGCUCCAUAGACCUGAAGUGUAAGGAGAGAGUGACGGACAGCGACAGUGACAACGCCUCUGGGAACGAGAGCGAUCGCAAGCGUGUCUUUGCUCCAGUGAUCUGCUCUUCCUCCUCCCAGCCCACCCCCCACGGACGCUCCGUCUCUCUCUCCUCCUACCCUUCCAAACGCUACGACGAGGAGAGAGGGGGGCUCUCAGACCGCAGGAGGAAGAGAGGAAUAGAGGGAGGAGGUGGUGAUGGAGGAGGAGUGGCAUCCCUCUCUCUUUCCCUGUCCUCCUCAGGCCACUCUGUCAUCUCCAGCCCCGGAGGCCCAUUUCCGUCUGCCCUUGCCCCCCUUGGCCUGUCUCCUGUCCUGGGCUUAGGGGCUGUCAGAGUGGCAUCUACAGUGGUGACCAACGUGGUUCGUCCAGUCGUGAGCACGCCAGUCCCCAUCGCUAGUAAACCCCGAGAUGGAGCAGCUUCAUCCAUUCCUCACCCACCAGACAGGAGGUCCCUCCCAUCGCAACAAGCGCAGCUUCUGAUUGGCUCCGGAGUAGGAAGCGGAGGGCCUGGGUACUACUCCUCACCCAAUCCCAUAGGUGCAGGGGCAGGUCCAGGGGGGCUAGUGACCAGCUUGGUGUUCCCGGGGCACAGCCAGCCCACUGUCCAGCUCAUCAGUCCCUCCCCCCAUCCGUCCUCCCACCACCAGCUGCCCCCCGAUCACCUAUGUCCAGUCCACGCCAGGAGUCCCCUCUCCUCUGCCUCUGGUCUCCUCAACAACAGGCUCCUCUUCCCCUCAGCAGGCCCAGCCCACCCCUGAAUCUGCAUAUGUUCCAUCACCCCUAGCAACGCUGGGCUUUACAGCCAUAGCCCCCCCUGGACAGAACCUAGUCCAACCCCUCAUCACAGGUCAGCCUCCCUUUCAGGCUCCAGUCCAGUCCCCUACCUGCCCCUCCCUCCCUUCUGGCCCAGCCUCUGCUUCAGGGGGACAGAUAAUCACCGCCAUCUACCCCCCUACCAGCGUCACCAUGGCAACCGGGGUGGUCUCCAUGUCAGCCGUGCCACCCAACAUGGUGUACACAGUCUCCAGCUCCUCCAGUCUGUCCACUCACAUCCUGCCCAAACACACAUUCGCCCCCACCACACACACUCACAUCCAGCUCCAGGCGGACAGACAAACAGACAGGCAAGCGGGGGAGAGACCCACGGACAGAACGUUUCACUCUCAGUCAGAGAAAGCGGCAGACAGACAAGCGCAGACGCAGCCUGAGCUACAGGCGUACGGACAGACGGACAGGCCAACCCUCACACAGGCGGACAGACAGACGGAGAGGCAAGCCCAGACCUUCAAUAAGAGCAGCAGCUUAGUGGCGCCCCCAAGUGGCUCCUCAUUGUCACUGCGGCCCUGCAGCCCCCCCCUGCCCUCUCACACUUCCACAGGCAGUGCACCAGGCACCCCUAAACUCCCCCAGCUCCCGGUGAGGACCCCUCAGAAAAUCAAAGCCACUGUUGCCAACAUCCCGGUGGGCAGCUACGAGGGAGGAGGCCGAGGAAAGGAGAGGGAGAAGAACCGAGAGAGGGAAAGAGAGAAAGAAAGAGAGAGCACUGGAGCAAACAGUCGUUUUUCCUUUGAACUGGAGCGUCCUGGGGAGUCGGCGUCCCCCUCCCAACACACACACACUGCUGAGGAGCCCCCCUCUGACAGACCCCCUGAGGGACAUGGCCCUGGGGACAACACUGACACACGCAGCACAGAGGCCAGCAACAAGGAGUCCGGGUGGAAGGACUCCCCCCCCCGUCUGUGUGUCCCCCUCCAGGGACAGGGACAGGUGCUGACGGAGAGGACAUCCUGGGGGAGCUGGAGUUUGACAAGGUGCCCUACUCCUCUCUGAGACGCACCCUGGACCAGAGACGAGCCCUCGUCAUGCAGCUCUUCCAGGAGCAUGGCUUCUUCCCCUCAGCCCAGGCCACGGCAGCCUUCCAGGCACGCUACUCAGACAUCUUCCCCACCAAGGUGUGUCUGCAGCUGAAGAUCAGGGAGGUCCGACAGAAAAUCAUGCAGACUGCCGUCCCCUCUGAGACCAACGAGGCCUCCUCGCUCCCCGGACCGUCUGGCACCCAAUCAGGGGAAGGGACAGGAGGAGGGGCGGAGCCAUUGGGAGAGGAGRCGGAUCAAGAGAGGGAGGGUAGUCCAGAGGAGCUGAGGGAUUCGCAGGAGUCUUCUAGAUGAAGGAUGCCGACAGGCUGGAUUGACCAAUCAGCGAUGGACCAGUUCCCCAAAUCCCGCCUCUUCUUAAUUUUGUUGAAGCUACACCCCUCUGCCUCUCGGUGUAUCUGGACCUCUGUCUCUGUCUCUCGCUCUCGCCAGGCCAGAAAGAGCAAGUGGAAGAGACAAAGAAAGAGGAUGUGUGUCUGCAAAAUGUGUCAAUAGGUGAAAUUGUUUAAAACUUAAAAGGGGAUUUGAAAAAAAAAAGUGUAAUUCCCUCUCCCAAAAAAAUUACAUUUAAAA